AUGCCCAGGUCUUUCGUUGUUAAAUUGUUCAAAAAGUUCAAGCUUUUGAAAGUGUUGGAUUUUGAAGAUGCUCCUAUUGAUUAUCUUCCUCAAGAAGUGGGUAAUUUAUUCCACUUAAAGCACUUAAGUUUGAGGAGAACAAAAGUAAAGAUGCUUCCUAAGUCAGUGGGUAGGCUGCAGAAUCUACAGACUCUAAAUGUCUUGGAAACCGCAAUGCCUGAGUUACCAAUUGAGAUAUUUAGGCUUUCUAAGCUGAGACAUCUUUUGGCUCAUUCUCAUGACUACGAAAUUAAAAGUAGCUUUCAUUCUGUGCGAGGAGUAAAAAUACAUGAAGGGAUUGGAUGUUUAAAAGACUUGCAAACAUUAGCAAGUGUUGAUGAUCUUGGGGUUGGUCUAUUUGAAGAGCUUAGAAAGUUGUGUCAGUUGAGGACGCUGGGCAUUACAAAUAUGACAGCAAAACGUGGGAGGGCUCUUUGUAUCUCCAUACAAAAUAUGGUCCACCUUAAAAUUUUGGUUGUAGGCUCCAUCAGUGAGGAUGAGAUUCUAGACUUGCAAUCAAUUUCUUCACCACCUCCAUUUCUAGAGUGUAUCUAUCUAAGGGGGCGAUUGGAGAAGUUGCCCAAUUGGGUUCUAGAGCUUCAGAAUCUGGUCACACUAAUCUUAUUUUUCUCAUCAUUGAAGGAAGAUCCAUUGUCGUGUGUCCAAGCUUUGCCAAAUCUAGUUACCCUUUCCCUCAAUCAUGCUUAUGAUGGGGAGCAGCUGCAUUUUGAGGAAGGUGGUUUUCGAAAACUCAAGAAGCUCACACUCAGAGAAUUGAAAAGAUUAAAGAUGGUGGAAAUAGAUAGGGGAUCACUGCCUGUUCUUGAGCAACUUGAGAUUGGGCCUUGCCCGCAUAUGAAAGAGGUACCCUCUGGAAUCCACCACCUGAAAAGCCUAAAGAUUCUCGACUUCUAUGAAAUGCAGGGAGAAUUUGUCCUACGUAUGCAGCCAGAUACAGGCGAAGAUUAUUGGAAAGUCAAUAAGGUAACUACUAUCCGUUUCAAGUAUAGGAUUAAAGGAGAACGAUAUCAAAUAUACAAGCUUGGUGACUCAGACUUGUUGGAGCAUCUGCAACAGUGA